GCGCAUCACUGCCGUGUCACACUCGUCAAACACAGCUGCUAACAACAAAUACGCUCUUUAGUGAUUUUAUUUUGCUAUCUUAAACAGGAAGCUUUGAUAUGACCGCACGCUAGCUUUCCGCUGGUGACGAGCCUGGCAAGGGGAGAGGAGCGACGGAAGAAGGCACAGCACGUUUGUUUAAGUAAAGUCAAGUUUAAGGCCGAUACGUAAGUGGCAACUUGGACGAAAGGAAGCGAGCAGAAAGCACCAGCGACGUGGAACCAUCUAUUCUCUCCCCUGGCUCCCUGUGUGGAAAAACAUCACCCGUCUGUCCCAUCGUCUACUAAAAAGUCACCCAGUGCCUCUUGAGUCCUUGCAAUCAUCAUCCUCAGUGCAACACCAACAAGACCAUCAACACCAGCAAGUAAGGACGUAUUGUUUUGAAGCUACACCAAAGCGUGGUGCCCAUCAGCAUUGCUCAUCAAGCCUGGACAAGAAAGCCGCACACUACCUGACACCGCCAUGGCCUCCAUCACUAAGUCGUCUGAGCCGGAGAUCGCCGACAACCACAGAGACAGCUGGCUCGCACUACUUUCCGCCGCGGAAGCUUACUGCCAAAAGUCAGGCUGCGACCUGGCCAUCCUCACAGCGUGUAAGAAGUUCCGGCCGUCGGUUCCUGAAGGGGACGGCAAGAAGAAAUGGGAGAGCGGCGGCGGCGGCGGCUUCCCGGGCGAGUGCGACUUCUCGUACAACAUUUGGGGUCAGAGCUUCCUGGCGGAGUCGGCGCGGCGCUACAUCGACGACAUCGGCGUGCUGCACUCCACCACUUUGCUCACGGCGCAGAAGCACACGCGCCAGGCGGGGGGGACCAAGCUGGCGCUGGACAUGACCUCUGACCCCGGACACAGGGGGAACCUGACGGGUGACGGCGUGGUGGGCGGAGUCAGUCCGAGCAGCAGGCUGUACUCUCAGAGCUACCCGUCCAUCUACAGCGCGGCCGGCGUUGCUCCCGGCCAGGGCGGCAACGGCGAGCGGGAGCGGGAGAAGAGCGCCAUGGAGGCGGCCCGGCAGGGAAGACAGCGGGCUGGCAUCGUGGACCUGGAGGAAGAGUGCGAGGAUGAUGAAGAGGAGGAGGACGAGGAGGACAUGGAUGAGAAGAGACCCUUCGGGAAUGAAAGUGCAGGCGUUUUCUCCAUGGACGAGGACUCGCUCUCUCGCGACUGUGAGCCCUUCUUCGAGUCGGACGGAGAGGAGGAGAGCACUGACGGCUCGUUGAGCGAGGAAGCCCCGCCCCCAUCCCGCAGCAUGGCCAUGGGUCACGGCGUGCACUCGUCCCGGCACGCCCACGCCAUGGCGAUGGCCCGUUCGCUGCCCGUCUCGGUGCCAGUGUGGGGCUGCAAGGGAGGUCGAGCGGCGCCGGGGGACAGCAACAGCGGAGAGCGGGUGGGCUGCGCUGACCUGGAGCACAUCGCCGCCAGCAUGAAGGCUCUUCUGGCUCCUGGCGCCACUGACGGGACGGAAAUGUUCGGGGCGCUGCCGCGACCCCGCGUCAACACGGGGGACUUCUCUCUGAAGCACUGAGGCCGACGGAGGAGAGGCGCGACCAGCAGAAAGGGAUGGAGCGAGAGAGAGAGAGGGAGAGAGAGCGAGAGAGAGAGAAGACGUCUGCGGACGCCGCGUACGCCACAAAGCCCGCAUCUCCAUCCAUCUUUGGCUAGUAAACAUCACACGCUUCAAGGAGUAACACAACACUAAAAACAUUCGCAGACACCCCCCCCCCACACACACACACAUUUCAUCGCGCCGGGCAGCAAACACUGACACGGGGUCGCACCACCAACCUGCUAAACGGGACACCGAGGGGCGGGGUGGGGCGGGGCGUGCUUUAUGUUUUAGGCUGAUUGGAUGUCACUGUCCUUUUCGACCCUUCCUGUGCUCCGUGCUCAUGCUCUAGCACCCCCCUCCUAACACCCCCCGUUCUUAGCCCAAAGUUCUACCCGGACACCUGGUCAUCACUUUGCUAGGUAGGGAGCCACCAUUUCCCAGUUGGCCCAAAAUAACCGGAAAAGACUUAAAAGACUGGAAUGGGACCAGCGUCUAUGCCGGGAGACUUGUUUCUUAGCUUCUCUUGGGCGGGCCAGCAGGGCUGUCCAAAAUAUGGCUCGGGGGCCCUUUGUUUGUCACGCUUGUUGACUGGCCCGCCACACAAAAAUGAUUUCUAAAAAUACAAUGAGACAACAAAACAAACCCAAUUGUUCAAAUGUUAGCACUAAUAAAAAGCAUAUUAAAAAUCACCUAAAAAUGACAAAGUUUCUAUUGUCUUAAAUAUGCUAAUCAUUUUAAAAUCAGAAUUGAAUUGAUUGUCACGUUAAUAUGGCGCCACAGCUUAUUUUCUAAAAAUAGUUACAUGACAAAAUCAGCAACAAUUGACAAAAAAGCUGUCAAAAUUAGAAAUAAUUAUUACUAAUUUGAUUACAUUUAACAUUAAAAUGUAAUAACAGCCAUUUGUGUAUUGUGGCUUUACUGGUGCGUCCUGGAAAUAAUAAUAAAUAAAGAGUAACACCCGUCUGUCGUCCACAUAAACGACAUAAAAUCACGACCCUGCCACUGAUGACAUUGUUAUGCUAAAGUGUUAGCAUGGAGCUGCCCCCCCCCUUCCCCACCCCGAAAAUGAAGCGAAAUGUGAAGCUUUUGUUUAAAAAUGUGAGUACACCAGCACACACUCAUACUUGCCUCUUUGUACGGACUAUUUUGCCAAUGACUGACUGAUAAUGAUGAUGAUGAUUGUACUGUCGGAGAUGGUUCCAUGUUUCUUUGUUCGUUCCCGCUCCGAAUACCUUUGAAGUGCGUGGAAGGAGGCGGGUUGGACUGAAAAGUAAAGAUGUCCACGUGACAUUUCAUCAACCAAUAGCUGUUGUGUUCAGUACGUUUGUGUUUCAAAUAAAGGAGCAAACCGAGUCACGUGCUGGUGGUGUGAAUGCGCCGCGAUGCCACACGGUGCCGCCGGAGGGCGUAGUUUUACACAAUGGCAGGCUUUAUUUUGCACACGAAGAUUAUUACCAUGACAAGCAAAGACGCAAAGUCACCCGUUCAAAGACUUUGCCUACUUCUAAAAAAAACACAUUUAGAUACACAAUAGUAUAAUAAAACAUAAUCGGUGUCAUUCUACCUCAACUGUACACUUUUCCCCACUUCUUCCCACUUCCAGCUCGGAUGAGUCACUGAUCCUUCUUCCUUAUAAGGCAGAAGGAGUUUGUGCCCACCCACAUGGCGGGGAGGAGAUUCUCCUGCACGCUGAUCUUGAACUUGUGGAUGAGCCGCACCUCCUUGUCGCCCUCGCCCUCCACCACCAGGAACUUGACGAUGCCGGCCGGCUGGUCCACGUAGACCCCCAUGGUGUGGCACAGGGGCAGGUUGACAUCCACGUUCUCGCCGUUGUGCCACACCUGGUAGCAGGAGCCGGACCAGCCCACCCCCCAGGAGCUGCUGUUCUCCCCCAGGCCGCAGGGGCCGUCCUGGCCCUUCCUGGGCGCGCUCUCCGCCACCACGCCGAUCACCACCCAGCCGUCGAAGUCCACCUCCCAGUAGCCGCGGGAGCCCAGGAGACCCUCCUUGCACAGGACCUGAAGGCGGGACGCGUCACAUUUACCACCCGGAGGCGGCCCAGACGUGAACGUUCUCUGCAGGCUCACCUGUGGCGAGUGUUCGUAUCUCUCCGGUCUGUUGGGGUACGGACACACGGCGUCGGAGGUGCGAGCCACCUUGGCUCCGCCCUCUGAGAUCCACAGCAGCUUCUGUGCGGUUUUGUCAUCCAGGGAGAUGGGCAUCCAGUCUGACGGAGCAAACGUUUUGGAUCAAGGUGUUAGGAAAGGCUGCUCAUGUUAGCAGGAAAGGCUGCUCAUGUUAGCAGGAAAGGCUGCACAUGUUAGCGUGACUGACGUUUGACGAAGUCGGCUCUGGCGGUGGGUUCAGGGAUGUUGGGCUCGUAGGGGGGCAGCUUGUCUGAGGAGACACGAGGAGGAGGAUGAGACUCUGAUGAAUGAAGAUGUUAAGAUGAUGCGUGGCGUCGUUCUUUACCUUUCGCUGCUGUGUUGGGUUGUCUUCCUGCCGAGAAGAAAGACAGCGGAGAUGUUGUCAAAGCUCCAAACUACAAGUUUACAUGAACGCAUCGCAUGCU